GAGAAACAGAGCUGGUAAUGAUCCUCACCGUGCUGCUUCCUACAUUUUAAACUCCACGUCUUACUAUUUAAAAAGACAUAUUUCCAACAGCGGAAUUAAUAUUCCUCUCGCUAGUGUGUAAAAGAUACGUCAUAGUAAUGUAAACUGUAACGUUACUGGAAAGGCAGAGGGAACCGUAUAGCUCCUAAUAAUGUUACCCAGCUCGCAUUAACGUAGUAUAACCGUUAGGGCUAAACUAAAUGCAGCAAACAUGUCUUCUCGCUAAGAAAACAACUGGUGGUAUUCUGUUGCGUUCAAGUUUUCAGGUGUAGUGGUGAGCCCAUGGAUAAGCCAUCAUCUUCAGGCACAGCAGCACUGGAGGAGAGAAAAGGCCUGGUGGGGGAUGGUGGGGUGCUCAGAGGUGCUGAGGGUGGAGAGGUAAAUCCUCAGACCCAGAGGAAGAGCAGCUCCUCUCGUUCCUCCCGCAAGAGCUUCCGCUUGGACUACCGGCUGGAGGAGGAAGUGACAAAGUCCUGUCGGGACAAACAUGGUCGCUGGACAAACCCCUGGCCCACAUGGCGGUUCCCUUCCUACAACACCCUGCUCAGAUUCCUGUUGUUUGAUAAAAAUCACAGCAAUAUACCAACUAGUAAAGAGGCUCUGGACAGUGAGCUCCCAGUGAUGGAACCGUACUUUGUCCAGAACCCAGACCUCUCUGACUCUGGUCCAGGUCUGAGAGUCACCUGGCUUGGCCAUGCCACGGUUCUGGUUGAAAUGGACGGGCUGAAUAUUCUGACUGACCCUAUCUUCAGCCAGAGGGCCUCACCGUUUCAGUUUAUGGGACCCAAAAGAUACAGAGGCCCCCCCUGCAAUGUGGAACAGCUGCCCAGGAUCGACGCUGUCGUCAUCAGUCAUUCUCAUUAUGACCAUCUGGAUGUUGGGUCUGUGGCCAGCCUUAAUGCACGCUUUGGAGGGGAGCUACGCUGGUUCGUGCCCCUGGGUUUGAUGGACUGGCUGGUGAAGAUGGACUGUGAGAAUGUGAUGGAGCUGGAUUGGUGGGAGGAGAACUGUGUCCCGGGUCAUGAUGAUGUCACAUUUGUCUGCACACCAUCUCAGCACUGGAGCAAACGCACCGCACUGGAUGAUAACAAGUCCUUAUGGGGCAGCUGGUCUAUUUUGGGUCCGGACCAUCGGUUUUUCUUCGCUGGCGAUACCGGCUACUGCACUUCCUUCCAGGAGAUUGGACGACGCUUCGGACCGUUUGACCUUGCAGCAAUCCCCAUCGGAGCUUACCUGCCCAGGAAUAUGAUGCAGGGGCAGCAUGUAGAUCCAGAAGAGGCUGUUCAGAUUCACCAAGACCUUCAGGCCAAACAGUCUGUGGCCAUUCACUGGGGAACCUUUGCCCUUGCCUAUGAGUAUUACCUGGAGCCGCCGGUUCGUCUCAGAGAGGCUCUGGAACAGAAAGGACUGAAGCCAGAAUCCUUCUUCACUUUGCAUCACGGGGAGUCUCGCCUUAUAACUUCACAGGAAGGAGAUGUCUUUGACUGAUCCUCUCUGUAGCGUUUCAUGGGCCAUGUGUGUCUGUAACAAAGUGCAGAACAUUUGGUCAUCAUUUUGAUGGACUUCAGUGAUUAAAGUUUGAAAUGCAUAUCUCAACUGCAAAUAGGAAAUUAAUACAAUACUGUUUACAUACUGAAUGUUUGCACCAUGCCAUUGUGAGCAAUACUACCUACAGACGCUGUGACUCCACUAUAUAAACAAUCUGCUUAAUUAGGUUUACACAGUGUGUAAUUCUUCCUCAUAAGAAACAUUUAAAGUACAGUACCAGUUUUACAUAAGUUGUAUUUAGAGACUUCUGCAGCUAAAUAUUUUUUCUAUCGUAAUAACUUGAUUUUUGGUAUUAAUGAGUUUUUGUGGUCUGCACACUGCUUAAGAAAGCUUUCUGGCAAAAACAAUGUCCCAGACCAAAGGAGUAACUUAAAAAUCAACCACUUAAAAGAAAUCUGCAGGUUUGUCAUCCGUUGACAAACUGCAAAAAUGUGACCACAAUUCUUUAAUCUGAUUUUCUGAACAUCAAAAAAAAUCACAAUAGUCAAACGUAACGAGAAUUUAACUCGCAUGGAGUAAUUGGUGCAGAUAAUAAUGGAAGUAAAGUUUGUGUAUAGGAAACAAUGUGGGGUUGAACAACAAACCUUCAGUAUGAAGCAGGACUGGAGACCGUUUCAUGCAGCUUUGUGUUGACAACUGGAUUUUGACGUUCCUGUGAGCUGUAAUUAAACACAGAAAACAAACCUUUAGAACGUUAUUUAGAGUAGUGAUUUUCAAAGAUUGGUGCUAGCUAAUGCCACAAUACAAAAGGUAUUGUUUUUCUGAAUGUACUCUGGUCAACCCUAAACUACAUAAGACACAUUUCUGUGUCUUAUGUAGUAAGAAGAAAUCAGUUGUCUCAGAUAUAGAUUUUCAACCACUAUGCUAAUAGAAAGUGCUGCUGAAAAGCCAUCAGAUGCAGGCAGAAGUUGAGCUGGGUUCAGCUUCAUGCACUGCAAAUAUUGUGCAUUGUUCCUGCUUAAGACAUUUGGCUUUUGAUGCUCUGUAACCACAGCACAGACACUUUUUUUCUCUUUAGUGUGAUGAUUCAUAUUUUAACUUCUUAGAACUUCAGUCAAAUGCAUUUGCUUCAGAGAGCAACAGUAAAAUAAGUGAUUUUAUUUUUUGUUACUUUUCAUACUGAAUCUUUAAAGCCUGAAUGUACAAACAGUUGACAGCACAAUAUUGAGUUAAUGUAGUAGACUGGUUAUACUUAACAAGGCCAAAAACUGUGGCUUACACUUGAUCCAUGUCACUGAAUCUCCCAUUAAAUAUCACUUGCAUUUUAAA